AUGGAUAUGUUAUUUUACUCUUUAAUCAUACUAAUUCAUGGAAUUAAUGCAGCAUCCCGUUCUGGAAAAAACCUGAUGCCGCACAUGCCAAAUGUGUGUGCUGAGCAGGAGGUGAAGCUCGUGGCCCAGAUGCAGCCAUGCGUCCAGGCCUUCACGCGGAUGGUUAAAGCCUGGAAACAGGGAUGCCAGGGACAGUCGUGGUGCAUGGGCUACGAGAGGAGAACGGCUUACUACACUGCAUACAGACAGGUGUAUCGACAGGAACACCAGACGGUUUACAAGUGCUGCCCAGGAUGGUCACAGCUCAACGGGGAGGCCGGAUGCCUGUAUCCUGUGUGCAGUUACGGCGUGUGCUUUAAUGGAGGUCAGUGUAGAGAAAGUUCAGCUCAAGUCUGCCUCUGUCCGGCCGGAUUCAGCGGUCCCAGCUGCCAGUACGAUGUAAACGAGUGUGAAGAGACUAAUGGAGGGUGUGAAGCUCUGUGCUGUAACACCAUCGGCAGCUUCUACUGCAAGUGUCCCGCAGGUCAGGAGCUCAGAGAGGAUGGCAAGACCUGCCAGGAUAUUGACGAAUGCCAGGUGCAUAACGGUGGCUGCCAGCACAAGUGUGUGAACACCAGGGGUUCGUAUCACUGCCAGUGUAACGCUGGAUCUCGACUGCACGUGGACAGGCGCACAUGCAUCGCCAUCCACUCCUGCAGCGUUGGGAACGGCGGCUGUGAGCAUUUCUGUGUCCAGCAGACAGCGGGUCAUUUCCAGUGCCGCUGUCGACCCGAUUACAGACUCGACGCGGACGGGAAACACUGCAAAUUGUUGAAUCCGUGUGCGGAGCGAAACGGCGGUUGUUCUCAGGAGUGCCGCAAGGAUGGAGAUCAGGCCCGCUGUGGAUGUCGUCCAGGUUAUCAGCUGGCUGAAGAUGACAAGACCUGUGAAGACAUUGAUGAGUGUCAGACGGGCCAGGCGGACUGCGCUCACGGUUGUCGUAACACUAUGGGAUCUUUCAUGUGUGUGUGUCCCGCCGCCUAUGAGUUGGGUGUUAAUGGCAAGCAGUGCUAUCGUAUCGAGAUGGAGAUUGUAAACAGCUGUGAUCAUAAUAACGGCGGUUGUUCUCAUCACUGCGAACAUUCAACCAAUGGACCCGUGUGCAGCUGUAACCAAGGAUACCAGCUGGACGACGACCACAAGACCUGCAUCGAUAUAAACGAGUGUGUAGACGGCAGCUCGUGUUGUGAGCACGACUGCACAAACUAUCCUGGAGGUUACGAGUGUUACUGUACAGCCGGAUAUCGACUGAACGCUGAUGGAUGCAGCUGUGACGAUAUAGAUGAGUGUUUGGCUGCAAACGGAGGAUGUGAUCACACGUGUCAGAACAGCGCCGGAUCCUUCCAGUGCUCCUGCAGACGCGGGUAUCGUCUCGAUGAAGACAGACACUCAUGUAUAUUGCUGCAGGAGUCGGUGGAGGCGUUGAGCAGUGGUCAGACGGUGGACAGACCUCAAGCUCCGCUCACCAUCCUGCAGGACUAUGAGCAGAUCCUGGAGCGAUACGACGACUACGAGGACGACACAGGAGAACUGCGCGCUGAGAGCACCAUAACUGAGAAAUUCAUAUGUUUGAAUGAUUCGUUCGGCUUCGACUGCAGUCUGUCGUGUGAGGACUGCGCUAAUGGAGGAGUGUGUAACAAACACAGAAACGGCUGCGACUGUCCUGACGGAUGGACGGGACUCGUGUGCAAUGAGACGUGUCCGGAGGGCUUGUUUGGCAGGAAUUGCUCGUUGAGCUGUAAGUGUAAGAAUGGCGGUGUGUGUGAUCCGGUCACCGGGAGCUGCCGCUGUCCACCAGGGGUCAGUGGAGAGCUGUGUCAGGACGGUUGUCCCAAGGGUCUCUAUGGGAAGUUCUGUAAUAAGAAGUGUAAUUGUGCUAAUAACGGACGGUGUCAUCGCACUUACGGGGCGUGUCUGUGUGACCCGGGACUGUACGGAAGGUUCUGCCACCUACCGUGUCCUAAGUGGACGUUUGGCCCAGGCUGUUCUGAAGAGUGUCAGUGUGUUCAGCAGAACACUGUAGAGUGUCACCGCCAUCAUGGCGCCUGCAUUUGCAAGCCGGGUUAUCGGGGAGACACCUGCAAAGACGCAUGUGAAUCAGGCUUCUUUGGCUCUGGCUGUGAUAAUAAAUGCUCCUGUCCGGCUGGAGUGACCUGUGAUCAUGUGACCGGAGCGUGUCAACCGCAGUGUCCAGCUGGAAAGAGAGGAGACAAGUGUGACCAAGAUUGUGUUGAUGGGAGAUUUGGGAUUGGCUGCUCUCAGUCAUGUGACUGCUCAGGGGCACCAUGUGACAGGAUCACUGGCCAAUGCUUGUGUCCCGCUGGAACGUUUGGAAAACGUUGUGAAAAAGAGUGUGCGGAGGGUCGCUGGGGCGUUGAAUGUCGGGAAUCGUGUCCGGUGUGUGAGAACGGAGGCCGCUGUGACCGGCGUAACGGGACGUGUGUCUGCGCUCCUGGAUUCAUCGGCAGAUUGUGCCAGAACAUGUGUCCCGCGGGACGUUUUGGUGCGGGCUGUCAGCUCAGAUGUGCCUGUGAUAAUGGAGCUCGCUGCCAUCCUGUAACCGGACGCUGCUCGUGUCCUCCUGGCUGGACGGGCCACCACUGCAGGAAGGCCUGUGACGCGGGCCGCUGGGGUCUGGACUGUGUGAAUGUGUGUGACUGUCGAAACGGUGACGGAGGCUGUGAGGCUCAGACCGGACGCUGUCAAUGUGAGGCGGGUUUCACUGGACCUCGAUGUGACCAGAAAUGCCCUGCUGGUUCAUUCGGCCUGGGCUGUAAGCAUGGCUGCCAGUGUGAAAACCAGGCGUCAUGUGACCAUGUGGGCGGAGCUUGUACCUGUAAGAUUGGCUGGACGGGAACGUUCUGUGAAAAACCCUGUCCGCAGGGUUUCUGUGGUCUGGACUGUCAGCAGAAGUGUGUGUGUAUGAACGGAGCUCUCUGUGAUCAUGUCAGUGGUGAAUGUGCCUGUCGUCCUGGCUGGAUCGGCCCACACUGUAACCAAACGUGUCCUGCUGGAUUGUAUGGAGCGAGCUGUUCUCAGACCUGUGUUUGUCACAAUAACAGCAGCUGUGAUGCAGCAAGCGGUCAGUGUGAGUGCAGCGCAGGGUGGACGGGAGACACCUGCUCACAACGUUGUUCUCCUGGAUUCUUCGGGACGGGCUGUGCUCAGAGGUGUUUGUGUCAGAGCGGGGGUUCGUGUGACCCUGAGAGCGGCCGCUGCUUCUGUCCCAGCGGAUGGACAGGUUCAGCCUGUGAACUGGGUGAUUGUCUUCAGGACAGAUGUGAGUGUGUGAACGGUGCUCAGUGUGACAGACAGACGGGUCAGUGUGUUUGUCAGGCCGGCUGGACGGGACAGCGCUGUGAGAACGCGUGUGUAUGGGGGCGGUUUGGAGUCGGCUGUGAGGGCCGGUGUCAGUGCGAUCACGGAGCCUCCUGUCAUCAUGUGAGCGGACAGUGUUUCUGUCCUGCAGGAUGGAGAGGAAGUCGCUGUGAGAAAGCAUGUCUGCCGGGCUCAUAUGGUCAGGACUGUGUCCAGCGCUGCUCCUGCACGCCGGGCACAUCGUGCCAUCACGUGUCGGGACGCUGCGGCUGCCCUCCCGGCUACACGGGCAACGGCUGCGAGCAGACCUGUCUGCCCGGUACCUUCGGCAUCAACUGUAAUCAGGUGUGUCAGUGUUCAGAGAGAAACCAGCUGUGCCACCCGCUGUCUGGAGAGUGUUACUGCGCGCCUGGAUUCACAGGACCCAAGUGUGAACAGGCGUGUGCUGAAGGUUUCUACGGUCCUGGCUGUGAGCAUCGCUGUCAGUGUUUGAAUGGUGGAGUUUGUCUUUCGGUCUCGGGGGCCUGUGAAUGUCCGGCUGGAUUCAUCGGGGCCCGCUGUCAUCUCACGUGUCCGGCGGGACGGUACGGGCCGGACUGUGGCCGUGUGGCCGUCUGUGGAAAGGGGCUGAGAAACGAUCCGGUCACAGGCGUGUGUGUCGGGGAUGAAGUCUGUCCCGCGGGCUGCUUUCAGCGCUGUGACUGCAGUAACAGAGGCCUGUGUGACGCCGUCUCUGGGAACUGUUCAUGUGCUCUCGGCUGGACCGGCUCGCGCUGUGAGAAAGUGUGUCCCGCCGGUCUGUUCGGCUCUGGCUGUCAGCAGCACUGUGACUGUGUGAACGGGGCUUCAUGUCAUCCCAGAACCGGACAGUGUCUCUGUCCCGCUGGAUUUCACGGCUCUCGCUGUGAGAGAGGUCAGACGUUCAUCAUCUACACACACACACACACAAUCUGCCUUAUAGCUUCAUCUGGACCUCCAGAGCUGGACUCCGGACGUUCAGAAGAGAAUCAGUCGCAGCUCAACACCUCGUAG